GAAAAAAGUAAAAUGGCGGACAAGUAGUGCACUCUCAGCUCCUACACUAAUGGGUCAGAAUGGAGCUUUCUUCAGCUGGCAUGAAGUACAACUAAAUUGUCAGAAAAACUGCUUAUGAAAGGUCUGCUUCGAUGUACGAUUGUGAUGUAAUGCAAUAAUAGACUUCAAUUUAUGCACAGUAGCUAGAACUACAAGCUUCCAAGCAAUGUGAAUCCAGAAAAGAAGAAAAAGAAAGAAAACUGACUCAAUGACUAGCAAGAAACUACAAAACUCAAGAUUUACCAAUAUUUCUUGUUGUUUACCAGAAGAGGUUGUAUCCUACAUCUUCAGAUUUCUCUCUCCAGUUGAUAUCCAGUCAGCAUCGUUAGUCUGCCAGUCAUGGGCAAAAGCUUCUGAAGACCCGUUGCUAUGGAAACAUACAGCUGUUAUAUUAUUCACAAAAAAUGAAAAUUUCUCCGAAGAUUUAUUGGAUAGUCUGAAGCGGCGAUGUAUUCAGCAUGUAUCUUUUCGGCACACGACAACAUCUUUGCAAGUUGUCCAAGUAUGUAAAAGGUUGUCAAGUAAUCUUAAGGGUUUGUCGCUAGAGGGCUGUCGUUGUGUUAGCGAAUCUUUGUUAGGGAUCAUACUGAAGAGUUGUAAAAAUUUAAAGCAAGUUAACUUAAGUAGGUGCCGACAACUUGAUGUCUCUAAGCAAUCCAAGUGGCUUGUCGCAAACUCUCUUAAAUAUAUAACCGUUCUGGAUCUCAGUUGUACAAAGGGCCUAUGUGACUGGACGAUUGGACAAAUACCUACGACUUUUCCUGGGUUGGAGAAGCUUGGUAUAUCAGGCUGUAAAGAGGUGUCCUUAAAGACAUGGAUGAUAUUAGGAAAAUCUUUGACUUGCUUGAAAAACCUCGACAUCAGUCGUUCAGAUAUAUCUGAUGAAACUUUGCUUAAAUUUGCCGAGCUACCAUCUUUGCAUUUAACCUCGAUUAAUUUAUCCGCUUGCAAACAAUUAACAGAUAACGGCAUUGUAUCAUUAGCAAAACACCAGAAAGAGCUGCAAUACCUGAAACUAACAUGUUUAGACAUAACGGACACUAGUGUCAUCGCAGUUGGGAAAUAUUUGAGUGAGUUGAAGUUUUUGGACUUGAACAGUUGUCGGCAGAUUACUGUUGCAGCGUUACCUCACUUGGAGCAGCUAACGAAGGGAUUAGUCUCACUUAAUUUGUACUCAUGUUAUCAACUGACAAACAAAAGACUGGAGAAGUUUUUCUUGAGCUCAAAGGACAACACAAGUAACACUAGUCCUCCAUUGACAAGCCUGACAUUAAAUGGUUGUAGCUUAACCACAGAUAGUGUGAUUAUUGCCUGCAGUAAAGUAUUUGGCAACCUACAAGAACUUGAUAUAAGCUCUUCUUUACAUGUUACCAAUGUUGGGAUACAAGCCAUUGCUUCCUCUUUAAUGGACUUACGAGUUUUAAAAUUAAGCUGGUGUGAUAAUGUAACUGAUCAUGGACUGCUAGGAACUGGUUGCCAAGGUAACAAUAAAUGUGUUGACGGCAACUUGAAUGGAACAGUUGGACAAGAGAAAGCGUUGGAACAGGAGGGCGUGUCUUCCAGUGGUCUCGGCCUACUCACUAAGCUGUGUUCCUUGGAUAUCAGUCACUGUACUAGAAUCACAGAUAAUGGACUGACUAGUAUCUAUCAACUCAAGAAUCUUAGGACAUUGAACAUAAAUAUGUGUAUUGAGAUUACUGACGUCUCCCUCCAAGGCAUCGCAAAGCACAUGUGUAGCCUUGAGUGCCUGUCGCUUAAUGGCUGCAACCUGGUAACCGAUGUCGGCAUGGUUGCUGUAGCUCAGAACCUACCACACCUAUCAUCUCUAGACAUAUCAAAAUGUGACCUUAUCACUGAUCUGAGUAUUCUGACCCUCGCGAAACGCAGUAAGAAUCUGACGCAUCUGGAUCUUAGUAUGUGUGCACAAGUCACAAGUCAUUCUAUUGAUGAGCUGGAAGCCAAUCUACCAAGACUAGUGUCUCUACAGUUGAGAUAUUCAGAAUUCCAACACAAGUCCCAGAAUGACAAGCAAUAUUAGAACAGCCAGUGCAGUCAACGUGGCCAUGGUUUCAAAAGAGUAAGUUAGCUGAGCGUUGAAUAGUGUGAGGGCGAUGCAUCCGAUAAUCAUCCAGAUUACAGCAAACAGUCGACCUCUGAAGGAUUUGGGAGCGAUGUCUCCGUAUCUAAGGAAAGUGAGGAUCGAUUCAUAUUAGAAGAAAACGACAACAGCUGCUUCAUACAAAUAAAAAAGGUAAAAAGAUUAAGCUAUUAAUAGGUUUAACGCUAACUGCUAAGCACUAAUGCUAGGAAUAAGGCCCAGAAACAUGCCGGCAAACACGGAGGAACAAUAGGCAUCAAUGAAAUUCAAAAUGGCGGCUCUUCCAGCAACAACUUCGUUGUGACGCCUUGCUAAAUGUCGAAAGUGUGACGAAAAACGCCUGACGUCAAACUGCAGUUUGAGUUUUGCGAUGACGUCGUGCUAAAGGUCUCUAAUUUUUUACUUCGAUAAUGCAAGGAAUGGUUAGUUAAUUUUCAUGAGCCAAAGGCUCAUGUAUAAAGCACCUGAAGGUGCGCCCUUUAACCACUUAGACUAUCAGCGAUCAUUAUUAUGGGUAUUUAGAGCUAAAGCUACAUAGAACACAGAGAAGUGGAAACAGACGUGGAGAUCGAGGAUUCAACCAUGGACCUCUAGUUCUGAAGGACGCGAAACCAGCUUACUGAGCCAAGCAUGUCCUAAUAACGAGCUCUAGGCCAUGAUUACCCACGUAAAGAGCGAGAAAAAAAAGUAGCUCUUACCCUACUGUUGUCAUAGUAACGAAUGCCCACCAUAGCCCAACACACGAACCACGGUGAAAUUCUUGUGGGAGUUCAUGUUUGUUGUGUUUGUGAUCCUGCAAAAAUAGAACAAUAAUUUUAAUACAUAAAAUAUAGAUCAAUGAAUGCGAACUUAUGUUGCUCCAUGAUAGGUAUGUCGUUGAAGCGCUAAACUGUAUACUUCUCUGCUAGCAGAGUCUAUUUUCCUUUUGUUUUGGUGGAGUGUGAGAAAAAUAAAGUCUGCCGAUGUAGGACGUUAUACUUGUCGCGCCUGCGUGGCGUAACGUAGCAACGCUGUCAUCGUUUUGACAGCGGCUCUAAAAAUAAUCAGUAACACGCUAUACCAGAUACUACAUCAAUGGACUACUUCGAUGAUACGGCAGCAAUCUUGCCAGGGGGAAAAACAAAACAAAGAUAGUGGGAAGUAUAUAGAGUUUCGUUUGUUUUUCUUAGUUCAUUUUUUGUGUGUAAAGGUGAUCGAUGUGCCGUCUUAAUUCAUUUUUUGUUGUAUUCUCUCAUGGCGAGCUGUUAAUUAUAUCAAUCGACGUCAUUACUGUAGCAAAGCUAUAACUAACUUCGUUACUAUUAAGAGGGGGUGUUGCCCCCCUGAGGGAAAAUUAUCGCUGUAACUAACAAGGGUGUACUUUUGGUUGGUAGUUUGAAAGAAACCCGGCCUCAACAAACGUAAAUAGAGUAGGAUGAAUGAGAAAAGAACAUCUGUUGAUGCGGUGUGCUUUAUACACGAAUCUUAUUAAUUUUCCCCCUGACAGCGGUGACAUUUUAACGUCUUGUAAUGGGGUUGUUAUUGUUCAAGAGAAGCUGAGCUGCACGUGGUGUGUGCCAAGCGUGGUGAACGGAUGCUCGUGAGAACUGAUGCGAGGAGAGGAGAAACAACGAAACGAAAACGAUCGAUAGGGAAAGGGAAGAAUAGACAAAGAAAGGAUAGAAAAGGAAGAAAGAAAGCAAGAAAGAAAGCAAGAAAGAAAGCAAGAAAGAAAGCAAGAAAGAAAGAAAGCUGUUCCAAAAAAAUUCAAAUAUUUAUUCCAUGUAUUUCUCACAAGAGAGCUAAUGGUUCGCGAAAAAUUAGCAGCAACUUAAUGCCACCGCCCGGUUUUCUUUUUCUAAGGUAGCUUUUUGUGUAAACUUUUUUACAUCACAUGUGACACUUAUUGAUGUUGAAUGAAUCGACAAAAAACCUCACGUGGUCGCCGCCAUCUUUGUUUGUUAUGUUUAUAUAUUGACCAACUUUGCGACCAUGCCAGGAUUGCAGCACAAAUAACUUUUUUAUAUUGAUAUUGUUGAACUAGAUAAUUGUUAGAUCACAUGUACCAAAAGAACAGGACCUGUUAGCUUAUAAAACCGACAAUAUAACAACAACGCAGUAACGCAAUAGCUUCGUUCUAUUGUUUAGCACUCGAAAAGAUGGCGGCUAUUUUGGUUGAUCCGAGAUACGCCUACUUGCAAGAACGUUGUCUGUCAUACGAUAUUAGAACAUUAAUAAUUUUAUUAGUGAGAAAGGAAUACAUUAAAAGACAAAAGAAAAAGUUCAGCUUCAGUGAUCUUCUUUUGUUUUUUUAAUAUAAUUCCUAUACCACUAAAUCACUGAUGUUCUAUUUUCGUAUGACAGCGUUCUUGCAAGUAGGUGUAUAACGUAACAAAAAGAGAUAAUGUCUUUGUGAAAAUCAACCAAGAUGGCGGACAUAUAUAUAAAAACUAAAAUUCAAGAAAGCUUUUUAUUUCAAAUGACUUAUGCCAACACCUACAUUCUUAGACACCAGAGAACAUAAAUCUAAGGCAAAUAUCGACGAAUGCUUUGGUGAUAAAAGCUUGAAAGAUUUUCCUUCCCAUUAUUUGAAACAUUGCUAAAACAAAUCUUCAAAUUUUGUAGAAAUAAUUUAUGGAAAAUUAAGAGUUCAAUUUUUGCCUUAAUCUAUAUUUUUUGUAUAAGUUUAAAAAGCUUAAAAUAGUUCAGUGUUUAGUGUUUACUGCGAUUCCCAGUCACACGCAACCUACCUGAGACCUAAGUCAUAAACGAAAAAUUGAGUUUGGGUGGACGUCAAUCAAAAGGGUUUUUUAAAAAUUCCCACUUCGAAUUUUAAACGCUUAACUGCAAAGCUAUCGGUAUUGACUUAUCUGAUCUUGAAGUAACUCAAACAGUCAUAAUCAUUGCGACAGUUUUGCAGUCAAGCGUUUGAGAUUCGGAGCCGGAUCGAAUCCUGUGACAUUUUUGAGAAAAUAUGUCCAGAGCGAGAAACUCGCAGCGAAAAGCAGCAUGAGAUAUAAGGACAAAGGUUUUUUGUACUUGUUCACGUGAGUAUUCACGCCAGUCCAAUAGAAACGAUGAAACCCUUUGGUUGACCUCCGCCCAAACUCAAUUUUUCGUUUGUGAUGAAGGUCUAGUUGAUCGCAGUAAUAAUGGUUUCACACUGAGAAAAAAAAAAAUGGUUGUAAUAUCGCUGAAAUAUUUGUUAAAUAUUAUACAGUUUAUAUAUCAAUUUUUAAGAGAGUUCAUGAAAAGAAAAGCAUAGUGCUAAUGGAAUUAAAAACUUGAGCACAUUAGUAAACUGA